CGACACAGGCUCUCACAGGCUCAAAUUAUCGUCGUAGAUAAACGCACUAAACGUUAACGGACGUGUUUCAUCCACCGGGAACAGAUAACUCUCUGUUCCAGUAGGUAUCUCGUGUCUAUCGAUCCUGAUUGGCUGAAUCCAGUCCGGGUUUUCCCUCCCCCCCUCAGCUUCAGUCCCAUGAUUGGUGCUCUGUUUCUGUCAGGCCAUGGUGCGGGCCGUGUGGGCGGUGCUUCGAGUGGUGUCCUGUCAGGGAGCGGCUGCGCUGAAAUCAAACGUACUUGCUUCCUUCAGAGCUGCACCACCAAGGCCAAGAGCUGUGAACACACCUUUCAGCGCGUGCUGCAGAGCGACACACAGUCAGGUGAGACCCCUUCAGUCUGCAGUCAGAAUGCCUGAGAUCACCACCGACCACCUGGACGAGAAGCAGGUGCAGCUCCUGGCUGAGAUGUGCAUCCUCAUCGACGACAACGACCACAAGAUUGGAGCGGACACUAAGAAGAACUGCCACCUCAACUCCAACAUCGACAAAGGUAUGUUGCACAGAGCGUUCAGCGUCUUCAUUUUCAACAGUGAAGAGAAGCUGCUGCUUCAACAGAGGUCUGAUGCCAAAAUCACUUUUCCAGGCUGUUUCACAAACACGUGCUGCAGUCACCCACUGCACACAGACAGCGAGCUGGAGGAGAAGGAGGUGAUCGGCGUGAGGAGAGCCGCUCAGAGGAGACUGGAAGCUGAACUGGGAAUCCCCAUGGCACAGGUGACUCCAGACGAGAUGACAUACCUGACGAGGAUCCACUACAAGGCUCAGUCAGACGGUGUGUGGGGAGAACACGAGAUCGAUUACAUCCUCUUCAUGCAGAAGGAUGUGGACUUGAGUCCAGACCCGAAUGAGAUCCAAAGUCACUGUUACGUGAGCAAGGAGGAGCUGAAGGAGAUGUUGGAGAAGGCGAAGCACGGCGAGCUGCUGAUCACGCCGUGGUUCAGUCUCAUCGCAGAGACUUUCCUCUUCACGUGGUGGGACAACCUGCACAACCUCAAACAGUUCAUGGAUCACAACAAGAUCCACCGCAUGUAAACCCGGCAGGGACCCAGUUCACCUCGGGCCGUGUCACGCUGCACGCUGAUCACCUGCAGACCCUCAGAAGAACACAGUAGAGAUGUAGGACGUCUACGCUUGCAGAGGAGCAGCGAGGGGUGAUGUGGUUUAACAGCAGAGGAAAUGUAGGACUGGAGCUCUGAGGUGCACUCGUCUACAUGAGAGGUCACUCAAGUAGACCGACUCGUAGUCUUAAAUUCUGUAGAAAACACUCGUCAGGUAGCCGCAUGCUGGAUUUACAGACUGAAGGGGAGACAUUAAAAACUUAUUUACAACUGUAUGAAGGAGAAUAUUUUUUUAUAGAAAAAUGUAAAGUGCCUGAGUCCAGAGGUAUGUGUUAGGGAGCAUGUUUGAUUUUAGCAUGCAGAUCUAAAAAGUCUGUAUCUAGAUCAGGUUGAUCCAAUCCAACUUAAACCCGAGGGUGAGCUGGAGUCACUGAAAUUUGGGAUUUGCAAAUAAAUCUGGAUCAUUCUGAUAAACCUUUUGAACAU